AGGAAGUAGAUGUAACGACCCUGGACCAAGCCCCUGGACAUAAUUCUGUUCUGCCCAGAUCCUGAAAGUACAGUAGAGCUGACAAGAGCCCACCCUCCAAUGCCAACUCCAAGGCGACGUGGUCGUACCACCCCCACUGUCAACAGAUUCAGGAACUGUGUGUCUUGCGGCUGUGGUAACAGUAUUAGACGAGCGUCCUGUCUCAAUUGUGGUAACCCUCUGAAGAAGACACGCAGCGGUAGAGCAGCUUCUCGGAGGAACUCGGGUGUUGCCAUGGACAACCAGGACGAACUGAUGGAGACCAGCUUUGAAGGUCAAGAGAUUGCCAAGACUGCUGAGGAAGGAUCGGCCGCUUCUUCCCCGCCCCCCUCACACCACUCACACCCCUCAACCCCACCCACGCACUCAGAAGAACAAUCAAUCACAGAAAUACCCAAUACGGACAUUGUUAAUACAGCAACCACACCUGAAGAGCAGAGCACUGUCUCUCCAUCAAUUGCACCACAAAACACCACUGAAGAUACAUCCACACAAGACACAGAGUCACAAGUAUCACACUCUCCGCCCACACAUCAACCCACAGCCCUACCCGACUUUCUCUCGGCUCUACAAAUGAAACCGACAGCGUCCCAGCCGACGACGGUGCAGUCUGUGGGUGAUCCUGCUAGUGAGGGCGGGGGGUCCAAGGCGGAGGAAAUGGACACUAAAGAAGGAAACAAAGAGUCGCUAAUGGAGAGGUAUCAAAAAGAUCCUGGCAGUGUGUUGCAACUGCUCCAGUCUGUCCUCUCACUAGACAAGCUCUCUCAACUCCUCAGCAACGAACACUCCUCCAAUGCUGAGCAGCUCGAGCAACUGCAGACUAAACUAGAGGGUGCCUACAAGACACUGAAGGACUCUGCCCAACACAAGGCCGCCCUCACCAAGACAAUAGGAGAAACCAACGACAGGAUCAAGGGGAAGCGUAAACACCUGGAGGAUCUCAGAGAUGACCUCAGGGUGUUGGGUGAAGAAGAGAUGGCAUUGAAGAAGCGACGAGACUCCACCCACACGCGAUGCUCUCAGCUCAAGCAGAAACUCAAGGCCAGUAGGGAGGCAUUGCAGCAGAUAGCCGCUCUAGAGAACCCGGACUCUGUACAGACUAAAGAGAGUAUCUAGAGGCUUAGAGGGUGUGAUCGCAUAACUACAUUGUCACUAUUGUCACUAAUUAUUGAUGGUACCUGUGUGUGUGGUUGAAUUGUGUUUUUUACAUCAC